GGGAAAAGUAUGAGCGUGGUGUGGACGAAGAGAAGAGAUUGACCUGCAGGACAGGACAAUGAAAUAGCCUCCGACUUACAUGCACAUUUCUGCUGUUCUUAUUCUCAUCUCCCCUUCAUCAGAACCGUUAAUUCCAAUCAAUCAACAACCUCUGUCAUCCAACACCCCUUUCCUAAUAAUAUAUCUCAACUCCAAUUAUUCUUCUGGAAUUGCUUUCUCUCUCUUUUUUCACAACCCAACUUUCAUUUUUCUCCCCAUUCCUUUUCUUCUUUGAUCAUUUUCAUAAAGAAGAAGGUAGAAAGGAAAAAAGAAUUGGGUAAUGUGUUGUUUAAGGAAGAUGGGAAUGGGGUGAUUAAAAAAAAUGGUGAAUAAAAAGUAGAGAAAGUAGCAAAAGCAAAGACAAGAGAAAUAGGAAAGAUGGAAGGAAUAGAAGGACUGUUGGUGAGGCUAUUGGAAGGAAGAUAUAAAAAAGGGACAAGGGUUCAGCUUUUUGAAUCCGAAAUCCGGCAACUUUGUGUCACUGCGAAGCAGAUCUUCCUGGCUCAACCUAUUCUGCUUGAAUUGGAAGCUCCCAUCAAUAUCUGUGGUGACAUCCAUGGUCAAUAUCCAGACCUGCUAAGAUUGUUUGAGAAUGGCGGAUUUCCCCCGGAUGCCAAUUAUUUGUUUCUAGGAGAUUAUGUGGACAGAGGAAAACAGAGUAUAGAAACUAUAUGUCUUCUCCUUGCUUACAAGAUCAAAUACCCAGAUAACUUUUUCCUCCUCCGUGGCAACCAUGAAUGUGCUUCUAUCAACAGAAUUUAUGGCUUCUAUGAUGAGUGCAAGCGCCGUUUCAGCGUGCGUCUGUGGAAGAUUUUUACAGAUUGUUUCAAAUGUUUGCCUGUGGCAGCAAUUGUCGAUGAUAAAAUCAUGUGUAUGCACGGUGGACUUUCACCAGAAUUGAAGAACUUAAAUCAGAUCAGAGCUAUAAAACGGCCCACAGACGUCCCUGAUCAAGGGCUCCUGUGUGAUCUUCUCUGGGCUGAUCCUGAUAGAGACAUUAAAGGAUGGGGUGAGAAUGAUAGGGGUGUUUCGUUUACCUUUGGAGCUGACAAGGUGACUGAGUUCUUGAGGAAGCAUGACCUUGAUCUCAUAUGCCGUGCUCACCAGGUUGUUGAAGAUGGCUAUGAAUUUUUUGCAGACAGGCAACUAGUUACCAUAUUCUCAGCUCCAAACUACUGUGGCGAGUUCAAUAAUGCGGGAGCUCUGAUGUGUGUGGAUGAAAGCUUACUCUGCUCAUUUCAGAUUCUUAAGCCUUAAAUCAUAACAGCCAAACCAACAUUGUAAUAUAUUCCAAGUGAUGGAGAAGCUGCCUCAUUAUGCUGUACAAAAGUUCAGUCUUUGAACACCCUUUCUGAUGUGGUAGUUUCUCAUUGUAUAUAUUACCAUGGGCUUAGAGAUUUCACACAGCGGAACCGCCCUUGCGACACUCCGAGUCAAGUGAAAUCAUUGUGACAAUAUAUACCUAACAGGUUCAAUGGUUGCUUUGUAUCAUAAAACUAAUAAGCAUCAACCAAUCUGGAUUCUUCUUCCGAUUGAACCAUA